GGUCCCAUGAACUUCACAAUAUAGAGAUUGCUGAGUUUCAAGAAGAGCAUGGUCCGUCCCAUGAUCUUGAUCCCUUAGACCAUGUAUAUCGAUACUUUCUGCUGAUGUUACCAAAAACAAUUUUCGGAAAGAUAGCCGAGGAAACUAACAGGUAUGCAGAACAGACAGCUGAAAGAACUGGACAGCCCGACGUUCACUGGACCCCAACAAACGAAAGAGAAGUGAAGGCGUAUUUUGGCUUGUGGAUUCUGAUGGGGAUCAAUCAGUUACCAGAUAUCCAUAUGUACUGGUCUGAUAACAAAUAUAUAGGAAACCAGGGUUUCAAAGAAUGCAUGACCAGGAACAGAUUUACAAAACUGUCUCAGUACUUACACCUCAAUGACAACAGUAAAGAAGGAGCUCCAGGAUCUCCACAGUAUGACAGAUUACAUAAGCUUCGUACUCUGGUAAAUGCAACAAGAGAAGCAUUCAAGAAGUACUACAGACCAGGAAAAUGUCAAAGUAUUGAUGAGGGAAUGGUGAGGUACAAGGGGCACCAUUACGCCCGCCAAUAUACUCCAUCCAAGCCAAUAAAAAGAGGACUGAAGGUAUAA